CGCAUGGCGCGUCACUUCCUGCUCUCCGGUGAGGCAGCCGCCAUAUUUGCUUCGGUUUGCAAUGGCGAAUAACAACGCGGCGGCCCUAUCGGCGACCCCGCAACCACCUCAGGCCGGUGGCGGCGGGAACAAGCCGGCUCCUUCCGGGAAGCCCGGGAAUGUGCUGCCGCUAUGGGGCAAUGAAAAGACAAUGAACCUAAACCCAAUGAUCCUGACUAACAUCUUGUCAUCCCCGUACUUCAAGGUUCAGCUGUACGAGCUGAAGACUUACCACGAGGUGGUGGACGAAAUCUACUUCAAGGUGCGAUACGUGGUAACACAUGUUGAACCCUGGGAGAAAGGUAGCCGAAAAACUGCUGGACAAACAGGGAUGUGCGGGGGGGUACGGGGUGUUGGAACAGGCGGUAUUGUUUCCACUGCAUUCUGUCUGCUCUAUAAGCUGUUUACAUUGAAAUUGACAAGAAAGCAAGUGAUGGGUCUCAUCACGCACACAGAUUCUCCAUACAUCAGAGCACUUGGUUUCAUGUACAUUAGAUACACACAACCUCCUACGGAUUUAUGGGACUGGUAUGAAGAUUUCCUAGAUGACGAAGAGGAUUUGGAUGUUAAAGCUGGUGGUGGCUGUAUAAUGACAAUAGGGGAGAUGCUGCGUUCUUUCCUUACCAAACUGGAGUGGUUCUCCACACUCUUCCCACGGAUUCCUGUCCCGGUGCAGAAACACAUAGACCAGCAAAUCAAAACCAGGCCAAGAAAGAUCAAAAAGGAAGAGACAGAAGAGGUAGAAGAAGCUCCACGCCACAUAGAGAGGAGACGAUCCAGGUCUCCACCUAAAAGAUCCAUAAGCCCUCGGAGAUCACGAAGCAGAAGCCAUCACCGUGAACACCAUGGCUCAUCAAGCUUUGACAGAGAAUUAGAGCGUGAAAAGGAACGACAGCGGUUAGAACGGGAAGCUAAAGAAAAACAGAGAUCACGAAGCAACGAACGUGGAGUAGAACAUAAGAGAAGUAAAAGCUGGGAGAGGCAUCGGACAAGGAGUCGAAGCAGGGACCGCAAGACAGAUAGAAGAGACAGAGAAAAAGAAAAUGAGAAGAGCAGAAAGCGAGACUAUGACAAAAAGGGCAAUGGCAGGGAAAAGGAUGCAGAUAGACCAAGAGAGCGUUCAAAAGAACGCAAGAGGAGCGAGGAGCGAAAAGACAGAGAGGAGAAGCGACACAGAGAAGAUAGAGACUCUCGUAAGGAAAGGCGGCACAGCAGAAGCAAAGAGAGGAAACAACGGAAGAGUAGGAGCCCUAGCAAGAACACUCACGGGAGAAGCCGUAGUAAAGAAAGGUCAAACCGAUAUAAAGAAAAGACAAAUAAACGAAGUAGGAGCAGUAGCCACGGGCGAACAGACAGUUCUGAGAAGUCCAGAAAGAAGGAGCGCAGCUCAAGUAGGGAGAAACCACGUAAGAGGAGCAGAAGUAAUGACAGAGGCCAUAAGCGUGAGCAUGAAAGCAAGGACCAUGACCGUCUCAAUGUGGACUGUGAGGAAAAGCAAAGGGGCAAAGAUGACACGGUGUGACAUUUCAGUGAAUGGAUCACAUUGAAUCCUGUUUGUUUAGGUCCUUUUUUUUUUUUUUUUUUUUUUUUUCUUCCCUUUUUCUCAGAGUCCUAACUUGUUCUGUAGCACUCAUAUUUGUUUUAUUUUGACAUUGUUAGAUGAGAACCUCUUUCACUGUAGGGAAGUGCCUUCUGGGAGUCCCCUGCACUUUGGACAGAACUUGUACCUUCCCUACAUUUGCUGAAGCUCCCUGCUGUCAUGCAGCAACUGUUGCGUUUUUAUUGGUUCAGUGUUCCUAAAUUGUACAGCCUGUACUUGACAAUGCCCUGAUGUUUUAAUUCCUCUUUGGCAGAAUACAUGCAGGUCCAGUUUGUAAGAGGCAUUAAAUCUGCCCCUUCAUUCAUUCUAACGCUCGUAAGGUUGUGAUUUUCCAACUGAUGCUGCGUGCAUGGCUUAGCUGACAUUUUUAUAGGAUGACUUUUUUUUUUUUUUCUAAAAAUAUGAAUGCAGAUAUGACAUUUAAGUUGUGUUACUGUCUGAUUGUAAACAGUUUUUUAAAAAAAAAUUACAUUUUGAUCUGUUA